AUGCGACGCGUGCCUGCGCUGCGCCGAGUCGUCUCUCUACGAAAAGUAUGCUCGUUUUUCUGUCCGUCUAUUUAUAACGGCGCCUCGUCAACUCGCAGCUUCCUGCUCUCGGACGCGCGCCGCAACACGAGACACCGCUGUCAGGCUGCUGGGGCUUGUCUGAUCGAGUGUUAUGGACCACUGCUGUUUUUCUAUUUGCAUCAAUGGGGAUUGAUGGCGCAGCCCGCGGCGAGUGAUACGUCAGUACUUUUAACCUUUGACGAAAUGAGACGAAAGCGGGCAAGCGUUGUGGACGCUCGGCAAUUGGUGCUAUACCGCGUAGCAAUGGCUGUUCCGGUGCCGGUGUGGCGCCACGCUCCGACGCCUCGCGAAACCGCCGCCGCGGCCUUCCGCUUUUGCGACGCCAACAACUGUCCGGUGAGCCACUUCGCGCCGCGC